AUGAUUUUGGCCACCAUCAUUGCCAACUGCAUUGUCUUGGCCCUGGAACAGCAUCUUCCUGAGGAUGACAAGACCCCAAUGUCCCGCAGACUGUUCUGUGAACCUACAGUUCUUAUAUUCCCUGCCUUACCGGCACCUCUGCUCCUCAUCCCACAGGAGAAGACAGAACCAUAUUUCAUUGGGAUCUUUUGCUUUGAAGCUGGUAUCAAAAUUGUGGCCCUGGGGUUCAUCUUCCAUAAGGGCUCGUACCUCCGCAAUGGCUGGAAUGUCAUGGAUUUCAUCGUGGUCCUCAGUGGCAUCCUGGCUACAGCAGGAACCCACUUCAACACACAUGUGGACCUGAGGACCCUUCGGGCUGUGCGUGUCCUGAGGCCCCUGAAGCUCGUGUCAGGGAUACCUAGCCUACAGAUUGUGUUGAAGUCCAUCAUGAAGGCCAUGGUGCCUCUUCUGCAAAUUGGCCUUCUGCUCUUCUUUGCCAUCUUGAUGUUCGCCAUCAUUGGCUUGGAGUUCUACAGUGGGAAGUUGCACCGGGCAUGUUUCACGAACAGUUCAGGUAUUCUGGAAGGAUUUGACCCUCCUCACCCAUGUGGUGUGCAGGGCUGCCCAGCUGGUUAUGAAUGCAAGGACUGGAUUGGCCCCAACGAUGGGAUCACCCAGUUUGAUAACAUCCUUUUUGCUGUGCUGACUGUCUUCCAAUGCAUCACCAUGGAAGGAUGGACCACCGUGCUGUACAAUACCAAUGAUGCCUUAGGAGCCACCUGGAAUUGGCUGUACUUCAUCCCCCUCAUCAUCAUUGGAUCCUUCUUUGUUCUCAACCUCGUUCUGGGAGUGCUUUCCGGGGAAUUUGCCAAAGAGAGAGAGAGAGUGGAGAACCGGAGAGCUUUCAUGAAAUUGCGGCGGCAGCAGCAGAUUGAGCGUGAGCUGAAUGGGUACCGCGCCUGGAUAGACAAAGCAGAGGAAGUCAUGCUUGCUGAAGAAAAUAAAAACGCUGGAACAUCAGCCUUAGAAGUGCUUCGAAGGGCAACCAUCAAAAGGAGCCGGACAGAGGCCAUGACUCGAGACUCCAGCGAUGAGCACUGUGUUGAUAUCUCCUCUGUGGGCACACCUCUUGCCCGAGCCAGCAUCAAAAGUGCAAAGGUGGAUGGGGCCUCCUAUUUCCGGCACAAAGAAAGGCUUCUGCGCAUCUCUAUCCGCCACAUGGUCAAAUCCCAGGUGUUUUACUGGAUUGUGUUGAGCCUUGUGGCUCUCAACACUGCCUGUGUGGCCAUCGUCCAUCACAACCAGCCCCAGUGGCUCACCCAUCUCCUCUACUAUGCAGAAUUUCUGUUUCUGGGACUGUUCCUCUUGGAGAUGUCCUUAAAGAUGUAUGGCAUGGGGCCUCGACUUUACUUUCACUCUUCAUUCAACUGUUUUGAUUUUGGGGUAAGUGCUUUGGAGCCCGCCUGUCCUCCUGCUUCAUGUUGAUAUGCCACGGUUUGAGAUAAGCAGCUUGCUCCAUUGCUCAGCAUGAAGCACUGAAAUCAGAAUUUAUAAAAGGGGAAUAAGUAAGUUAGCUACAGGGAGGUCAGGAAUGAGUGAAUCCUUCCCACUGUAGGGUUGGUUUGUUUGUUUUUUUAAAGCUCUUUUACUUUUAAUGUUUUUAUUGAAGUAUAACACGUAUACCAUGGUGUACACUUAAGUGGAUAGCUGUAUGAAUUUGACAGAUCUACCCAUAGUAAGUUUUGAACCACUUAUUGUCUUGGGGGAAGCCUGAGAGAGAACAAAGGAACUGAUUCCAGAAGGUGGUUCAGUAAAAAAAAAAAAAGAAAAAAAAAAAGAAAAAAAAGAGAGAGAGAGAGAAGCUUAUAUAUUUGUGUAUUUUUUAGUUCAGUUU